AUGAGGGCGCUGCUCGCCGUGGGGGCCGACAUGGUGGCGAGGGGUGGGGCGAGGGGGUGGACCGCCCUGCACGUCGCAGCAUCCAGGGGAGACGUCGAGGCGACACGGCUGCUGGUGGAUGCGGGGGCGGCUGUGGGCGCCAGGAUCACCUGGCAGCAGUGGACACCUCUGUGCGUGGCUGCGGAGAGGGACAGAGCUGCUGUGGCGCGGCUGCUGUUGCGGGCUAACGCCGACCACAAGGCCAGGGAUGGCAGUGGGCGGACGCCGCUGCACUUGGCUGCACGCUGUGGCAACGCAGAAGUGGCGGCUGCACUGCUCCAGGCGGGGGCCGACAGGGAUGCCACAACUGGUGACAGUGGGGCCACAGCAGUGGACCUCGCCAGGGAGAACAAGGACAGUCGGCUGAUGGAGAUGCUGUCAUGA